AACUCCUGCAGAGGCGGAGCCGGCUCUUAACUUGGUCCACCCCCGAGGAGGCCUGCGUGCGUGUGUUCCGUGGCCCGGAAGCCAAGGGUCCUGGGUUAGAAUCCCGCCCCUGGCGCUCAUUAGCCGAACCCCUGGAAGCGGCCGCUGCCCUCUCGGAGUCUUCGCCAACUAUUUUUGCAGAAUGGAAACAGACUGUAAUCCCAUGGAGCUGAGCAGUGUGUCAGCAUUUGAAGAAGAUGCAGAGCUUAAUGGCUUUGAAGGAACUGAUAUGAAAGACAUGAGGCUGGAAGCUGAAGCAGUUGUAAAUGAUGUUCUCUUUGCUGUUAACACCAUGUUUGUCUCAAAAACCCUGCGCUGUGCAGACGAUGUGGCCUAUAUCAAUGUGGAAACAAGAGAAAGGAAUAGAUACUGCCUGGAGCUCACUGAAGCCGGGCUCAGGGUGGUAGGUUAUGCUUUCGACCAGGUGGAUGAUCAUUUACAGACUCCCUACCAUGAAACAGUCUACUCCUUGUUGGAUACACUCAGCCCUGCCUACCGGGAAGCAUUUGGAAAUGCGCUCCUUCAAAGACUGGAAGCUUUGAAAAGGGAUGGACAGUCAUGACUCAGUUUUUUCCUGUUAGAGAGGCCGCUGCUGGUACACAAUGUUGACCUAAAGCUUGAAAUUCUUCCAGAUGGUCAUAGUAGAAAAUGCAUCUUUGAUUUUGUGUCUUUAUCAUUGUUUGCUUCACAUUUAGGCUUUUGAUUGAGAACUUUAUUGACUAAUGAAUCGUCUUUCUUAGUUUGUGAUUCAUUAAGGAAAUCCUGAGGCCAUUGCUGUGACACCGUCAUUAAGACAUUCAAAUUUCUUCAUAUAGUAUCUCUGGCAUUCUGAAAACCUAAUCAGUAUUUCAUUCUCUUAUUGCAGGACUUUGAUGCUGCCAGCACUGUCUCUUACAUAGGAAAUUCUAGAUUUGCACAGUAAUAUAGGAAAUAAACUAACUUCAAACUUUGAUUCAGCUUGCUAAAUCAGGGGUUUGCUACUAGCUUGGACUGACUUUGUAGUAAUUAUUUUUGCUACUAGCCUUAUUGGAAACAAAUUAUCAACUAGUUUCCCCUGCACAAAUUUUGAAAUUCACUGCUUCAUGUAAUCUAUUUAUAUUAUUAAUAUGGACUGAUAAAGAUGAGUUAAUUCUAUAUUACGUAGCUAGUAUUACGUGAAGAACAGGUACUGAAAUAGUACUGUAUUCCUGUUUGCAACAGCCAGCCAAGUAAGAGGACAAACCGUUAGCAAAUGAAUGCAACAAUUACUUGUUUCCAAGAUAUUUAAGCACAUAAGCAAAUACAGGAACAGGCUCCAUUCUUUUCCUAACAAAAAGCAUCUUCAGUGUGUGUGAUUUAAAAGAAAAAAGACUCUGAUUUCCUAGAAAACAGUAUUUUGGCCUGUGUUGAUUCUUAUUAUGAAUGUUUGUUUACAUAAUGUACAGUAUAUAUUCAGAAAGUAUUUUUGCUUCAACGUUUCCUUUCUAUGAUGUAGCGCUUUGGUAUUCCCACAGCACCCCUCCUUCCCCAACAGAUGUACAGUGUUCUGUCUCAGUGCUAAAUCUGCAAUGUCAUAUGAGUGCAUCGUAUGGGUUUGAAACCAAAGGAUGAAUGAAGCAUUCAGAGACUUAAUAUUUGAAAAAUGGAGACUGUAUUUUAUAUUUUAUUACAGGUACUAAUAUUUAUAAAAAUAAACUAUACCAUGCUGCUACAUGUUUUCAAGUACAUGUUGAAUAAUAAGGAUUGGGGAGUUGUUUUUUUAAUACUAGUCUAAAGCAGCAGCUAUAGAAAUGUUGAACUAAAAUUCCACAUCUGGACACACCUUCAUAAUUUGUCAUUUGAAGACUUUUUAAAAUCAUUAUUAAAUAAUAGGUACUUUUAGGCUCUGAAGAUCAUGUAGACCAGAGCAAGUUAAAGUUUGGUUUGGGUCACUAUUCAUUGUCAGAGUUUAUUGGAAUGCUUAAAUUAUGUUUGAUAAAUGAACAUUCAUCCUCAGCUUUAUUUUCAGAUGCUGAAGUGUUUGGGUAAUGAAGUCUAACUUCAGGUUGAACUUUCUCAUGCUUAAUCUCAGGCUAAAUGUAAAGGAUAUUUGUAAAGUCUGAAUAAAAUUCUGUUUACUAAUUUUGA